CCUCUACCGGUGGCAGCGCGAGUGAUUCAGACAGUGGAAGAUCAGGUUGUAGACAUGAUGUCUGCACUGUAAAGAGAACCGGUGUGACAUUUCGGAGUGCGGGUUUGUGCCAUUACGGAACAGAAUACAUACAUGAAAUACAACUGACGUAAAGUAUGAUUUAGAACGAUGCACGCGUAUUUACUUUUCUCUUUAUUACGAGCAGUAUACGUUGUAUUAUGAAAGUGUGUCCGUGUGAUUUACAUGAUUUAUAGUUCUUUUCAAGAAUUGAUCGCUUGCGCAUCCAUUAAACUAUUUAUUUUCGUCAGUUCCAUAGAGAAACUGUUCUUUGUCUAUGUGUUCAGGGAUAUGUGUAAAAGACAAAGGUCUGCGGAAAAGAAGGAAUAACAGGCAUAGUAGUAACAAUAAUAUCGACCGACGAGCAGGUCAAGAGUGUGCGUGUAUAUUAGGGCCCCAUAAAGACGAGUUAAUACGAUAAGAAGUGCUUCAUUGCUGGAGGUCACAAUGUUCAACCCCCUGUCAACAUUUCUAGUAACUGCACUUGUGCCAGUUAUUUGCAUCUUCUCUUUCACAAAUGAGCAAGAAAUGCAGAAUAACAUCUUCGAAGCAGCAUUUCAAGGGCGCUGUGGACAUGGCAGUCCCUGUGAACAGUUAUGCUACGAACUGCAUGACGGGAUGUUCGAAUGCGACUGUAAGGAUGGAUUUGUUCUGCACCAGAAUGGAUACAGCUGUCUCGAAAUGAACACGACAAUGGAGACGAUGGUUGAAGAGGAGGAAGACAUACUGUACCAGAAGGAUGCGUCCUUCUCGGCCGAACUGGACACCUCUGGCGAUGUCAGAGGGAACAGUGUCCUGUUCUCUCCCAAGGCAGACGAGGUAGAGAAGAAGGUGCAGUUCCUCACGACCCAGAGUCCGAACCUGGAGCAGAAAGUACCUGGCAGCACGACGAGUGAUGGACAUACCACAGAGAGUCUCCGUGCGGCGGACACGACGCCAUGUCUUCUGGACUGUGGUGUCGGCGGCUCCU